UUACCACGAAUCUAAUUUCCACCUAAACAUACUUAACAAUCCACGUGUCACCGUCAUAAAGUGUUAAAACUUUUGGACUUUUUUGUUCUGUAAGAAAAAAGGAGUGAUUUUUAGCAAUGGGUGCGUUACCAAUUUCUCCAGUUUCCCACUCCACAUCCAAAAAAACAGUGUAAUAAUAAUCAUAAUCACCUGAUCAAUCUCUUACAUAAAAGCUACAGAUCUGGUUUUAUACAAUCAUCACCGCACCAAGUUCCUAAAGGUUUCGACUUUACUGUUUCUAUUUUCGGAAAGAGAGUGCAAGAUUGAAAUCGAAGAUGAAGGCGGCAACAAGGCCGAUCCACGCCGUGACGACAUGGGUUCGUCGGCAACCACCAAAGGUUAAAGGUUUUCUCGGUGUUGUCUCCGCCAUGACUGCCCUCGUUUUGUUGAGAGUGAUUGUUCAUGACCACGACAAUCUUUUUGUCGCUGCUGAAGCUGUUCAUUCCCUUGGAAUCUCCGUCCUUAUCUAUAAACUCACCAAGGAGAGGACUUGUGCUGGAUUAUCUCUCAAGUCACAAGAGCUAACAGCUCUGUUUUUGGCGGUGAGACUGUAUUGUAGUUUUGUGAUGGAGUUUGAUAUUCACACGUUACUUGACUCGGCUACAUUGGUGACUACACUUUUUGUUAUCUAUAUGAUCCGUUUUAAGCUCAAAGCUAGUUAUAUGGACGACAAAGACAAUUUUGCUAUCUACUACGUCGUUAUUCCAUGUGUUGUUCUAUCAGUACUCAUUCACCCAUCAACACAUCAUCAUAUAAUCAAUAAGAUUUCUUGGGCCUUCUGUGUUUACCUUGAAGCUGUUUCAGUCCUUCCUCAACUUAGAGUCAUGCAAAACACUAAGAUCGUGGAGCCAUUUACAGCACAUUACGUAUUCGCUUUGGGGAUCGCUAGGUUCUUGAGUUGUGCACACUGGGUCCUUCAGGUUUUGGACACUCGAGGGCGGUUAUUGACUGCUUUAGGAUAUGGUUUCUGGCCUAUAAUGGUUCUUCUCUCUGAAAUCGUCCAAACCUUCAUUCUAGCCGACUUCUGCUACUACUAUGUCAAGAGGUAAAUCAUUAAUGCUUUCAGUCAUCGUCAUGUUUGUUGAUACAUUGGUUGUAGUUAUGUGAUGAUUGCUGAUCUUAAAGACAUUGUGAAGGGUGUUGUAAGUAUUUUAUGUUUUUGGUGUGUGGCAGUUUAAUGGGUGGUCAGCUUGUUCUUCGUCUCCCGUCAGGUGUUGUGUGAAAUUUGGUGUAUAAGAAGAAGAUACGGUGUUGCUUUGAGCUUAUGGUGUGGUGUAAUGAUCCAUGUCUUGCAGGCUAAUCGUUUUGAGUCUUCUCUAAUCUCUUUUUUUUUUUUUUUUCCCUUUAUGUUUUUUCUUUUCUUAGAGGACUUGUAAAGAAAAAAAGGGAAUUAAUUAGAGAUUUUGAGUUUUAACAUAUUAAUUUAAAACUUGUUUCCAGAAGCAAGUAGAUGAAUGUUUUGGUGUAAAAUAUAAACAUGAGAAGAAUACUAUAGUACAGAGAGGGACUAUGAAUCAUUAAUGUUGACCU